CAGAAUUCAGAUUUGUAAUUUGUUUUGCGCCGGAUACAAACGUUGUUUGUAAGUCAUAAUAACUUUGUAUUAUUGUUUAACAUCGGACAAAUACAUUAAGAAAUGGCUUCACUAGCAGCGGCGCAAGUUCAAGAAGUGCGAUCCAUAACGCGAAUAGAGAGGAUCGGAGCUCAUUCCCAUAUCAGAGGGUUGGGUUUAGACGAUGCCUUGGAGCCUAGAGCGGUAUCUCAGGGCAUGGUGGGCCAGAAGAUGGCUAGAAAGGCUGCUGGCGUCAUUUUACAGAUGAUUAGAGAAGGUAAAAUAGCAGGCAGAGCGGUGCUUCUAGCCGGUCAACCUGGUACAGGAAAAACAGCCAUCGCCAUGGGGCUCGCACAGGCGUUGGGACCUGAUACACCAUUUACAAGCAUGGCAGGUUCUGAAAUUUACUCUUUGGAGAUGAGCAAAACAGAAGCAUUGACACAGGCCAUAAGGAAAUCUAUCGGCAUAAGAAUUAAGGAAGAAUCAGAGAUCAUAGAGGGUGAGGUUGUUGAAGUGGUGAUCGAAAGGGCUGCCGGGGGCGGUGGAGCUAGAUCUGGCAGGUUGACGUUGAAGACAACAGAUAUGGAGACCACUGCGCCCUAUUCGCACAGCGAAUUACGGGAGAUACUUAAUAUUAGAUGCGAAGAAGAAGACUGUCAAAUGUCAGCGGACGCACUCACAGUACUAACACGAGUUGCGACCGAAACGUCGCUGCGUUACGCUAUACAACUUAUCACCACGGCUUCGCUCGUUGCCAAGAGGAGGAAGGCCGCUGAGGUCAGUAUGGAAGACGUGAAGAAGGUGUAUUCCCUAUUCCUGGACGAGCACAGAUCUGAACAAUUUCUGAAGGAGUAUCAAGACGAGUUUAUGUUCAACGAUGGGUCGGGAGAUGGACCACAGUCAAUGGAAGUGUCACAGUAAUUUGUUGCCAGUAUGAAAAUGAGUUGAGCACAGAAUGUUUGAUUUUUUGCAGAGGACAAUAUUUUUAAGUUACUUUAAGUACGAAUAAGCUUUACGUUAUUUUAAUGAUUAAAAUUUUUAGAAAAA